UUCAAUGCAGGCCGCUCAACGAGCUUUGAUGCUGAGGUCAUGGCCUCGGCAAAAGGGCUAGAAGUUCUUGAAACCUUAAUUAAGGACGAGGACAACACUAUUGUGCUGGCAAGUGAUAACGGACCAAGUCAAUUGGUCGGAAUCAAGGCUAAUCUAUCAUUGAAGCGGAUGUGCGAUGGCCUUAAGCAUCGCAAGAUCAUCUUCUUGUGGAGCCCAUCUCAUGUGGGCAUAACGUGGAAUGAAGAAGUCGACCAGAUGGCUUCCGAAAUCACUGGAAAUGCGAGGAUACCUGUGUCCUCGCACAUCUCAUUUGCCUUCCGACUCCAACAAAUUCGGAAGGAAAUGCUGCACUCAUGGGCGGAGCUCUACAAGCAUCCGGAUCAUGUACAGCGAGCCAACGUGGCGGGUAUUCCAGACUCGUCCAUUGUUGCGCGACCCAAUGCCUACCUAGGCAAAAAAUUCUGGUGGCACAAGGAAUUGACGCCCACCAAUGUUCGCAACCGCACCUUUAUUUUCAAAAAGGGGUUGUCCGAAUGGGGUAACAAUGCAGACGCAGCUCGCUUCUGUCGUGUUAUCACCAACCACUUCCCUUGUGGGGAAUUCAGAGAGCGCUUCAAUCUCCUCGGAGAUGGGAACACAUAUUGCAUAUGCGGUCAGGGUGGACAUAAGGAAACCCGUGACCAUAUGCUCUUCGAGUGCCCUCUUUCUCAAAGUCCUUUCAUUGGCCCCUUCAGGUGGCACCAGACAAAGAAGGACACAUAUUACUCACGGUUCCAACGCACUUGGAAGCCGUCUGAUGUUCUCGACUUCUUGAAGUUGAAUCCAUGGGUCGGGUCCUUCGAAUGGACCGAAAUUCUUGCGAAGUGCAAGGACGACCAUGCUGCCGGAUCCAAGCGCACAAUUGCUUGGGCCAGGCUUAACACCCACACCGUUUGGAAACAACGGAAGUGGAAAGAAGUGCUGAACCGUAUGGGCAAACCCCCACAAUACAUCAGCAUAUCAGACAAAGAGGUUGAAAAAUUCAUUGAGACCAUCGAUGCCAAAUGCGAGCGCUUUGCGCUCGAGUUGUUCAACACGUGGGAG